AUGGACGUAGACGUGGAUGUGGAUGUGGACGUGGACGUGGACGUGGAGGUGGACGUGGGCGUGGACUUGGACGUGGACGUGGACGUGGACGUGGACGUGGUCGUGGACGUGGACGUGGACGUGGACGUGGACGUGGUCGUGGUCGUGGACUUGGACGUCGACGUGGACGUGGACGUGGACGUGGACUUGGACGUGGACGUGGACGUGGACUUGGACGUGGACGUGGACGUGGACGUGGUCGUGGUCGUGGUCGUGGACGUGGACGUGGACGUGGACGUGGACGUGGACGCGGACGUGGUCGUGGUCGUGGUCGUGGACGUGGACGCGGACGUGGACGCGGACGUGGACGCGGACGUGGACGCGGACGUGGACGCGGACGUGGACGCGGAUGUGGACGUGGUCAUGGACCUAGUGGACGUGGACGUGGACGUGGACGUGGACGCGGACGUGGACGUGGUCGUGGACGUGGUCGUGGACGUGGUCGUGGAGGUGGUCGUGGACGUGGACGUGGACGUGGACGUGGACGUGGAUGUAGACGUGGACGUGGACGUGGAGGUGGACGUGGACGUGGACUUGGACGUGGACGUGGACGUGGACGUGGUCGUGGACGUGGACGUGGACGUGGACGUGGACGUGGACGUGGUCGUGGUCGUGGACUUGGACGUCGACGUGGACGUGGACGUGGACGUGGACUUGGACGUGGACGUGGACGUGGACUUGGACGUGGACGUGGACGUGGACGUGGACGUGGUCGUGGUCGUGGUCGUGGACGUGGACGUGGACGUGGACGUGGACGCGGACGUGGUCGUGGUCGUGGACGUGGACGCGGACGUGGACGCGGACGUGGACGCGGACGUGGACGCGGACGUGGACGCGGACGUGGACGCGGACGUGGACGCGGACGUGGACGUGGACGUGGACUUGGACGUGGACGUGGACGUGGACGUGGUCGUGGACGUGGACGUGGACGUGGACGUGGACUUGGACGUGGACGUGGACGUGGACGUGGACGUGGUCGUGGUCGUGGUCGUGGACGUGGACGUGGACGUGGACGUGGACGUGGACGCGGACGUGGUCGUGGUCGUGGUCGUGGACGUGGACGCGGACAUGGACGCGGACGUGGACGCGGACGUGGACGCGGACGUGGACGCGGACGUGGACGCGGAUGUGGACGCGGACGCGCGGACGUGGACGUGGACGUGGACGUGGGGUCGACGUGGACGUGGGCGUGGACGUGAACGUGGCGUCAACGUGGACGUGGGCGUGGACGUGGACCUGGACGUGGACGUGGACAUGGACAUGGACGUGGACGUGGUCGUGGACGUGGACGUGGUCGUGGACGUUGAUGUGGAUGUGCACGUGGACGUGGACGUGGACGUGGUCGUGGACGUGGACGUGGACGUGGACGUGGACGUGGACGUGGUCGUGGACGUGGACGUGGACGUGGACGUGGACGUGGACGUGGUCGUGGACGUGGACGUGGACGUGGACGUGGUCGUGGACGUGGACGUGGACGUGGUCGUGGUCGUGGACGUGGACGUGGUCGUGGACGUGGACGUGGACGUGGACGUGGUCGUGGUCGUGGACGUGGAUGUGGUCGUGGUCGUGGACGUGGACGUGGUCGUGGACGUGGACGUGGACGUGGACGUUGACGUGGUCGUGGACGUGGACGUGGACGUGGACGUGGACGUGGACGUGGACGUGGUCGUGGUCGUGGACGUGGACGUGGUCGUGGACGUGGACGUGGACGUGGACGUGGACGUGGUCCUGGACGUGGUCGUGGACGUGGUCGUGGUCGUGGACGUGGUCGUGGACGUGAACGUGGACGUGGAAGUGGACGUGGUCGUGGACGUGCACGUGGACGCGGACGCAGACGUGGACGUGGACGCGGACGCGGACGUUGACGUGGACGUGGUCGUGGACGUGGACGUGGACGUGGACGCGGACGUGGACGUGGACGUGGACGCGGACGUGGACGCGGACGUGGUGGACGUGGUCGUGGACGCGGACUUGGACGUGGACGUGGACGGGGACGUGGACGGGGACGUGGACGUGGACGUGGUCGUGGACCUGGACGUGGACGUGGACGUGGUUGUGGACCUGGACGUGGACGUGGACGUGGACGUGGACGUGGUCCUGGACGUGGUCGUGGACGUGGACGUGGACGUGGACUUGGACGUGGUCGUGGACUUGGUCGUGGACGUGGACCUGGACGUGGACGUCGACGUGGACGUGGUUGUGGACGUGGUCGUGGACGUGGACGUCGACGUGGACGUGGACGUGGACGUGGUCGUGGACGUGGUCGUGGACGUGGUCGUGGACGUGGACUUGGACGUGGUCGUGGACGUGGUCGUGGACGUGGACGUGGACGUGGACGUGGUCGUGGUCGUGGACGUGGACGUGGUCGUGGACGUGGACGUGGACGUGGUCGUGGACGUGGACGUGGACGUGGACGUGGACCUUGACGUGGACGUGGACCUGGACGUGGUCGUGGACCUGGACGUGGCCGUGGACGUGGACGUGGACCUGGUCGUGGACGUCGACGUGGACGUGGACGUGGUCGUGGACGUGGUCGUGGACGUGGACGUGGCCGUGGACGUGGACCUGGACGUGGACGUGGUCGUGGACAUGGACCUGGACGUGGACGUGGUCGUGGACGUGGACGUGGACGUGGCCGUGGACGUGGACGUGGACGUGGACGUGGACGUGGACGUGGACGUGGACGUGGACGUGUC